UCCCCCUGCUCCACUUUGCUAUAUGUGCUUAAAGAUAUCAACAGUAAAGGAACAACAAGUCUACUGCCAAUGCGGAAAAAACAACAGUCAAACAACAAAAAAAACGGAUGACAGAAUGAAAUGUUUGAAACUGACAGAUCUCUUUGAUAAAGCAAGGAAGUGACAGACUAACUACAUGAUCUACUCCACACACAGGAUUGUGAGACCAGAGUACCUUAUUAAGCCUCUGAAGAAAAGGAUGACGGCAAAAGCCAGUCUGUUGAGACAUCUGGAAACGAAGUGACAAAGCUGAAAGACCUAAUGGAGGAUAUGGACAUUGAACACUACUAUGGAGAGAAGCUAUCGCUUGGCAGAAUACUUGAGAUUGAUAAGAAGACCAUCACUGAUCAACCUGUCAAGAGUAAUUCAGACGUUCCUUUGUGUUUUCUAAAGAAACUGAUGAUGGUUAAUGUGACAGCGAGAAAUGUGAAAUCAGUGUGUGAAUCAGACUCUGAUGAUAAAUCACGGGAUUCAAACUUAGAUCUUGAUGAUCUGUUUGAGAGCCCAAACACUGGUAGCAAGCUAAACCCCCUUGACAUAAUCACUGGUCUCUUUCUGGGUUCUGAUGUUUUUGUACAGCAAGAAAUGGCACUAAAAAUGUCCAUGUGUCAGUUCUCUGUUCCCCUGCUGCUUCCUAACCAUGACACCAAUAAGUGCACACUCAUGCUGUGGGCCAUGAGGGACAUUGUUAAGAAGUACAGACCUCAGUCUCUCUCAAAUUCCAAGGGCUUCAUUGAAGACAGAAUUGUUCUCUCUAAACUUCCAAUGAUCUCUUUUGUCAGACUGGGUGAGUGCUCCUUGUCCAAGUCAGAGAUUCUCAAUAAACUUCUGAGCAAUUCUCAGCAGUACCAUGAUACCUUUGUUCAUCGCAACAUGGAGUGUGGUGACAGUCCAAAGACAAUAUCCAACGGAAUGACUGAAAUGACUUGGUAUCUUCCAUGUGGAAACCCUAACAUUGAUAUUUUCAGUGAGCCAGUGGCUGUAGCUAACCUUCGUGGGGACAUUGCUUCAUUUGUAACACAAUACUCCUUUUUGUGUCAGACAUCUGCAGCAGUUUUUGUGUUCUUUGACCAUUUAGAUGCUAAGAUCAGUCUACUUACCAACCAAAAGCACAAUGGACAGAUCUUCUUAGUGGGUAACUAUGAGAGUAAGCACUUCAGUAAAAAUGCUCGGAAAAACUUAGCUGCUGAAAUGGGUUUGACUAAAUACAACAUCAUUAUUAAGUUAAAAGAGAAAAAUGAUGCUGUCUUGUUAAACGAUCUGAGAAAAACUAUCACAGAUGUAGUUGAAAACACAAGGAUGAAGAUGACAAUAGAGCAGAUGGCAGACAUUGCCCGUCAACUGGGGAUCCUGGUUGAUGAAGACUCUCGAGAGUGCCAGACUGCAAGGACAAAUGCUGAGGCGAUAACUGAGGAAAUUCAAGACAUCCUUAAAUACAAAGAAGAUCAGCUUCCCCGGCAAGGACAAAUAUGGAAAGAACUGACCUGUUUAGAGAAGGAAGAAUUUCGACUUCGAAAUGUUGGCUCUGGAAAUAUAGAAGAUUACAAAAGUGAACUUCAGCUAAAGAAACAAGGGAUGCGGAAAAAGCAGAACAAGUAUGACAUGUCGACGGCUAUGACAUGCUUCAUCAAGGCAAUAUCAAGCCCAGGAACAGAGAGGUUUUAUUUCCUGAAAUGGAUGCGAAUGAACCUUGAUAACCUGUCUCGUAUAAAACUGUCUGAACUAAGGGAGAAAUAUAAAGAAAUAUGCAAGAACUCUGAGAACAAAGAGGAGAUCAACAAAAUUGACAGACAAAUUUCCAACAGUUCUCUGGGGACUGAACACUUCUUCCGUGAAAUGGGUCAGAUCUAUGAAGCCUCACUGUCCCUUCCAAAAACAGAUCGAGCUCGUAAACAGUUGCAACAUCUGCCCAAACUGUGUGCAGAGUUGUUGCUUGAUGGAUUUCCUCUUGAGCUUGUAGAUGGAGAUGCAUCCAACAUCCCUCUCAGAUGGGUGUGUGAUGUUCUCUCUCAGCUCAGUGACUUGGUGUCUCCAAACAGAAAGAUACGUGUAGUCACAGUUCUUGGAGUUCAGAGCACAGGAAAGUCCACUCUCCUUAACACCAUGUUUGGAGUGCAGUUUGCAGUCAGCAGUGGUCGAUGUACUCGAGGUGCCUUUAUGUUGCUCAUCAAAAUCAAUGAAGACAUGAAAAAAGUCCUAAACUGUGACUUCAUGCUGAUCAUUGACACUGAGGGCUUAAAGUCACCAGAACUUGCACAACUGGACAACAGUUAUGAGCAUGACAAUGAGCUUGCUACACUUGUUGUGGGGCUGAGUGAUGUCACAGUUGUCAAUGUUGCAAUGGAGAACUCAACUGAAAUGAAGGACAUCCUACAAAUAGUUGUGCAUGCUUUUCUCAGGAUGAAGGAGGUGGGAAAAAAGCCAAAAUGUGUGUUUGUUCACCAGAAUGUGUCCGAUGUUUCUGCCCAUAAGAACUCACGAGACAGGAAACUGCUCCUGGAACAGUUAAAUGAGAUGACCAAGGCAGCAGCCAAAAUGGAAAAGAAAGAGGAGAACAAGAGCUUCACUGAUGUGAUGGAGUACAGUCCAGACACUGGGAACUGGUACAUUCCUGGACUCUGGAAUGGAAACCCACCAAUGGCACCAGUCAAUGCAGGCUACAGUGAGGCUGUAUAUGAGCUCAAGAAAAACAUCAUCCAACUGCUGGGAAACUGUGAGUCAUCUGCUAAUGAUGUCAUGGAGUUUAAAGAGUGGGUGACAAGUCUGUGGACUGCAGUAAAGCACGAAAACUUCAUCUUCAGCUUCAGAAACAGUCUAGUAGCUGAUGCAUACAUGAGACUCUGCACAGAAUUCAACAAAUGGGAGUGGGAAUUCAGAAAAGAAAUGUACACCUGGGUAACAAAUGUAGAAACAAGAAUCUCCAAUUUUGGUAAAGUUGCUGUAAAAUUUGAAUCUUCUGACAUGAGAGACUUUCUCGCAUGCUUGAAAAUUGAAGCCACCACAGUGCUGUCCACAUGGGAGAAAAAACUUCUUGACAAUCUGACACAGUAUUUCAAGCAAACAGAGGGUCAUGUUUAUCUUGUAGAAGGAUAUAAAGAGGAAUUCGCAAACAGUGCAAAGAGCCUUCGGCGUGAAAUGGAAAGAUCUGUUUUUAAUCAGCUCACUGUAGCAGCAGAAAUCAGAGAGAAAAGGGCAGAAAUUGAAAAAAUCAAAGAAAAUCAUACACUGUAAAAUCUAAUUAGUUCCCAGAACUCAAAAAAAUUAUGGAAACUCGUUGCCUCAAA